AAAGCAAGCAAGAUGAAAGAGCUUUUCCUGAAGAAACAGAAUGAGCUAGAAGAGAUAUGCAAUAACUCACACAUGGAGAUUCCUUCACAAACUGAAAUGGACAAAAUAAUAAACCUUAUAAACUCUGGGGAGAUUGAUCAUGCUGAACUCCUCAUGAGUUUGGAUGAACAGAUAUGCAGAGCAAAAGAAGAAGCCUCUAGCAGGAAGGCUAUAAUGGAGAAAGUGGAGAAGUGGAUUUUGGCACGUGAUGAGGAGCGCUGGUUGGAAGAAUACAGCAGGGAUGAAAAUCGAUAUUCAGUUAGCAGAGGUGCACACAGGAAUCUCAGACGUGCUGAAAGGGCCCGUAUAACUGUCAACAAAAUCCCAGCUUUGGUGGAUACACUUAUAGCAAAGACUAAGAGUUGGGAAGAAGAAAGAAAGAAAGUUUUCUUGUAUGAUGAGGUACCUCUGCUAGCAAUGUUGGAAGAGUAUUAUUUGUUCAGGCAGGAAAAGGAGGAAGAGAAGCAACGACAAAGGGAUAUGAAGAAGGUGCAAAGCCAAGUAGUUGUCGAGCAAGAAAAUAUCUUUGGGUCCAGACCAGGCACCAGCAAUCGGCGCCUUUCAAAUCGGAGCAUAAAUGGAGGCUUUAACAAUGCAACCCCUUUAAACAGAAGGCAUUCUGUGGGCAUCCAGCAGUUGGGAUCAAACAACAUCAAUUCAGAAACUCAAAGCAUAUCUUUCACUAAAGAAGGCAGAAAGGUACGAGGACAAAAGAUGUUAGGUCGACCCAGCUUCGCUUAUCAGUUUAGAGAUGAAACAGCUUCAGUGAUGUCAACAUUUUCUGGCCCUAUAUCUCCCUGAAAUUUAGUCAGAUUUGUGGAUUUCACGUCUGAUGAGAAAUAACGAGCAAAAGUGAUCAGAUAAAUCUUGUUUUCUGGAAAAAUGCAUCAUACAGCAGAAUAAAUUCAGUUUGUCGUCUUAAACACUUGUGUAUUUAUGUCUUGACCCUGUGUAUCAGCAAUCUUUCUAAAACCUCCGCAGAAUGAUGAUUGCGAGCGAAAAUAAAAGUUUUAGAGGCAUUGAUUUCUCACUGUAGUUGUACAGAGUACAGUUAGCUGUACCACGUAAAUAGAUGUUUGGAGCUACGAUCCCAAAAUCAUGUUUGUAAUCUAUAAGAUUGAAUUUCAUAACUUUUCAAUUGAACUGAUGGCCACAUCUUGAAUACAAA